AUGGGGUGCCAUAUUUAGAAACACUAAUACACAAAGGAUGACAUCAUAAUUUCAUCUCCACCUCCUACAGUUCCAUCUACUCAUGAAAUCAUAUUGAUUCCUUAUGCUCUUGAUGAAUAACAUCCAGCAUCAAGAAUGCCAGUUCAAAUUUGUUGGAAUAGCGAAGGUUAAAGAACAAAAGAAUAAUCAUCAGAAAUAUCUAACUCUCUUUCACCUAAUAUUAAUUUCAAAAAAAGAUAAGAAGAAUGA